AUGCCCUACGUCGACAACGACAUCCCUCUCGCCACAAAGCGCAAAUGGGACGACGACGACGACGAAACCUACAACAACAAAUCCCCACGAACCGUCCUGAGCCCACGCGAAGGAGCUGCUGCUCCAGGGCAGCAGCAGUCCUUCGAUGCGUCGUCCAUCUCGACGACACCAACAACGCGCAAAACACUACACCCUACGAAACGGUUCAGGCCAAUUCACCAAGACAGCGAUAGCAACGCCGUCCACUCCUCCUCACAUCACCGCCGCGAGCAGCCCUCAAUAUCUCCUCAUCCUACAAACAACAAAGUCAUCAGUCUCCUACCGUGCCACGUCUGCCAUCGACGGCCAACCAAGAAGUCGGAUCUCGAUUCCUUCGCCAGGUGCCAGGCGUGUCGCGAACAGACCUGCUUCAUAUGCAUGCGCGAAUGCCAGGGAAGGAUGAGCACUCCAUAUAGUAGUACCAACAAGUCAGCUGUGAGGGGGGAAGUGGACAAGGGGGGUGAGGAAGAGGAGGAGGAGGAGGAGGAGCAGGCACUUUCACGGUCUUUUCACAUGCACGACGUGGACGCGUCGGCACCUUCAAUACCGCACACCGACGAUGAUAUUGAUGAUAUCGAUGUCGACAUUGGGGACGAUGACUGUGAACGGAGGAGAGAGAUAUAUACACACCACAGCAUGAUUUGCAGUCGGUGCUGCGUCGAAAAAGGUGCCGAGGGCGAAGUCAUUUGCCUGGGAUGCUUGGCCGAUCCGUGUAUCAACACCCCUUAA